UCUGGUCUGCUUAUGUGCAGCUGUUUACAUUUCCUGCCAAUUCUCGGUGAACCGAGUUGAUAGAAAUUUCAAUUUAUCGUGCAAUUUUAAAUACAUAAUAUCGUUAUACAAUAUUAUUGGUUUAAUUACAUUGUAAUAAUGUAAUAUUAUCGAAGCUGUACUUUUCGCUAAAUAUACAAUAGGAUGGUGGAAAUAAAAACGACGUAGAAGUCAGAUCAGAUCGUGAUCAUGUAAAAUGUUGAUUCUACACUAUAGAUAGUGUGAAGGACACAUUACUUCUGUUUUCUGUUUGUUAUCGCCGGCACGGCACUUUCGAAGGUGCAUGAAAAAAUGACAUGAAGAUUAGACUUGGAUAACGAACGGAAACGUUUGUCCGAUCAUUGUCGAUCACAAUCAUGAAUAACAAGUGAAUCACAGACAUAGCUUGGAUUAAACAAUUCAAAGAAAGCGAAUGUGGAAUUUUGUGAUGCGUGCUAUUAAAAAUAUGUUGAUAGAGUAUGUAUUUAAAAAAUAUUCGCUUAUCGAUCGCUCGCUAAACUAAAUAUUUCCCAAAUAUGAACACCAAGCACAGCCCAAGAAAAGUAACAUUGGCUAUGAUAAAAGGUAAACCUAUUACGACCUCGGUUCCUGUAAUUCAUUACCAUGUCAGCGACGACGAACUCGAAGAAAUAUAUCCAAGUACAGACGAAGAGAAGAGAUUAACACCCGAAUUCGAAAGAAUUUCAUCUAAACUAACCUCUUCUCCACAGAAAUGCAUCGAAAAAAAACCUACGCAAGAAUCGGAUAUGUCCGAAAACAAUUUGGAAUGCCGUUCGAUUAGCGCGGAAAGUAUAAUACCGGAAGGUACGCCGCCGUCUUUAGAUCCAUGGAAAAUGUUGUCGGACAUAAAGGGAAAAAUCACAAAAACAUUUGAAGAAAAACUGUCGGAGAUAAAAAGCGAUAAGAAGAAGCCUUGUCAUUCCCAAGCAGAGAAUUCUAGCAUCAGCGAUUUGGAGGAUCAGGGAAAUAUCAGUCCCUGCGACGAUAAAGUUGGCGGUGAUAAACAGACAAGCGAACCGACUACAUCUACGGUUGUUCGCAGAGGUAACCCAGUUAGAUAUGCAGGAUUUUCCUCUGUAAAGACAGGUCUAAAAGACAAAAGUUUGCAAGACGAGUGCGUUGAAAGUGGCAUAGAAGCAUCAGAAUUUUCUUCGCACAUUGACGAAGAUUCAGCUCCACGUACAAAUAGCGAUACAUUAUUGACAAAGUCAUCGGACGGCGGUAAUGUUAGCAGCAUUCAAAAGCAAACACCCCGUAUUCGUUCUGCUAUAUUUUUAAACCAAAAAAAUCUCAAGGUGAUCUUUUUACAUUUGUUGAAACAGCUGGCUUAUCAGUUAACGUACAGGUCGGUUGCUGCCCUGGUAGCAAUUUGUUGCAUUUAUUAUGCUGCUCCAUUACCAGAAUACCUAUUCGGACUUGUAACGGGUGUUAUCGCAACGAUAACGUUUUACAAUACAGCGACGAGGUUUAAAAUGAUUUUGACAAAUAUACCGGACGAAGAUCUUGCGGACAGACAAAUAGUACCUGUUUUAGAAAUUCCUGCAGUGGAGGAGCAUGCUGUGAUCGAGAGAUUUCAAGGCUGGUUAAACGAACUGCCGUACCGCUACGAACCCACUAACUAUCACGUAGCUCGUACCAAAUCCGUUUUCUUCAGGCUAGAAGGCACUAUAUUGCGCAUCAUGGAAACUAGAAUGAAAGUCCCAAAGAAGGCAGUCUGGGAUGAAACGCAACAAAAAUUGAAAUUUGUUAAGAAGAGAGUUUAUAAUCUGUCUGGAGCAAAGAUAGAGCUCCUUCCUCGUGGACUUGCCAGAAGACGGAGAUGGAGUAAGAAAUAUCCAAUUUGCAUAACUUUGAAGACAAAACGUGCACACGUUUGUAACGUAAGUUUAAAGGGUUCGGCGAAUGACGCAUAUUACUUGGCGGUCAACGGUUACGAGCAAACGAUAUCCGCAUCGAAAACGAAAGAAGCAGAACCCACGAUGGGACAAACCCGACAAGAACAACGACAAGAAGACAACAAGAAAGAGGAAGAAAUUGACGAUGACGAAGCAUUGUUAGGGGAAGAAGAAGACACUGCCGAGUUGGAGGAUGAUAUUGAGAAUUUUCAUUCUGAUUUCGACAGCGACGAAUUUGGCAACGAAUGCGCGGAAUGUGGCAAGUGGCUCCAACGACAAGAAGAUCACAAGAAGGGGGAAGAAAUUGACGAAGACGAAGCGUUGUUAGAGGAAGAAGAAGACACUGCCGAGUUGGAGGACGAUAUUGAGAAUUUUCAUUCUGAUUUCGACAACGAUGAAUUUGGCAACGAAUGCGCGGAAUGCGGUAAGCGGCUCCUAGAAAGUAGAAAUGUGGAAGAGCUGUACAAAAAAUACACAAAAAAGAAUAAAAAAGAUGGGAUUAAUGAUAGAGGGGACGGCGAAAAGGAAAACGAUAUGGCAAAAGAGAAUGCGAACAAGUGUUACAAUUCUGAAAGUAGUUACGUCGAGAAGAGGCGAAGAAAGCGGCGAAUGAUUUUAGAGCAAAUCAAGUUUCCAAGAAAAUCGAAUUUAGGAACAGAGGGAAGAAGCAAAGGCAAAGAAGAGGUGGGAAGUUUGGCAAAAGAAGGCACGGAAUCAUGUCAGAAACGAGAAUCGGACGAGGGGCAGGGGGAGCGCUCUGACAACAAUGACCGAAAUGACGACGACGAGGAAGACGACAACGACGACGACGACGACGAUGACGACGACGACGACGACGACGACGACGAUGACGACAACGACAACGACAAUAAUGCUGAUAAUAGCGAUGUCGGUGACAAUAAAAAAGAUGAAGAUAACGAGAAUGAAAGGUUAGACGACAACAAGAAAACGCGGGAAAUAGAAAUUGUUAAUGAAAAGUCAGAAGACAGGGAGGAGAAGGGAGAAAAGAAGGUGGGGACAAAGGAAAGGGAGGAGGAGAAAGACGAAUGGGAAACUAUAGGUGGAGGUGGAACGACACAGGCUACCCGGUCGAAGAAAGAUACUCGAAAAAAGCGUCGGAGUAGUCGUAGACUGCGGAACCGAAUAAAAAUAUUUAUUUUUGCUAGAGCCGAUCGCGAAAAGGAGGAUUGGUACAGGCGGUUGGUCUCUGCAUCUAUGCGACGCAUUAAAAGACACGAUACGUUGUCGUGUUUUUCAACCGAUCCAUCAUCGACGUCGAAUACAGCGUUGUCUGCACAGCGAACCGUAAUUACAGAAUCAAAAUUAUCUGCCUCAACCAGCCAUUCUUUCGAAUGUGUACCUGAACUUAACUACAACGCAUACAUGGCAAAGCAUUUGGAAACCAACAGUUCAAUCGUAGAAAAUGAACAUUUCCCUUAUAUCGACAAUACGCUUUGGAUCAAUUGUUUAGUAGCUCGUAUAUUGUUCGAUGUACACAAGUGUCCAGAAACUGUAAAUCUGAUACAGGAUAAAAUACAACGGAAAUUAUCUAGUAUAAAAUUACCAUAUUUUAUGAAGUGCCUUUUAGUUUCGGAGGUAGCAAUAGGUCAAGGAUCGCCUAUCAUUCGCAACGUAACGAAACCAGUUACAAACGAGAGGGGCCUUUGGCUUGAUUUUGACAUAACAUACAAAGGAUCGUUGACCAUGACCGUUGAAACGAAAUUGAACUUGAUGAAAUUAACUAGAACUGGAACGAUUAGCGGUGGCAGUGGUAGUGUAGCUGCGGGUGGUAGCGGCAAUGACGGUAAUGUUGCAGCUUGCCCGGGAAAAGAUAAGACGGUGACCAAGUCACCGAUUUUCGAUAGCGACAUGGAAGACACGCCAGAAACGUCCACAGAAGAUGACGAUAGUUCGCAGUUGUACAGUCCAGCUACUAAGGAAACAGGUCCACCCGUACAAUCGUCUGGAAGAAAGUUUCUCAGUAUAGUAGAUAGAAUAGCUGCGAGUAAAUACUUUCAGCACGCCACCGAACUGUCUUACGUACGAAGGGCCAUGGAGGGCGUUUCGAACACCGAAAUUCGCUUAAUGGUCACAGUGUCGAGUAUAGAAGGUUGUCUAUCGUUGAACAUUCCACCGGCGCCGUCAGAUCGUUUGUGGUACGGUUUCAAGCCGGUGCCGAAAGUAACUCUUACCGUGAAACCUGCUGUCGGCGAGAGAGCGGUCAACAUCGCUUAUGUAACCAAGUGGAUAGAGGACAAAUUGCUCAGAGAAUUUGAAAAACUGGUAGUCUUGCCAAACAUGGACGAUCUCGUCUUGCCAUUGUGUCCUAAUUAUCCUUACACGAGUACACGAUAAUCGCGGUCGAAGUACGAGUAGCAGUGACAUGUUUGUGUCGUAUCGUAUCGUAUCAUGUCGGUGUGUGAGCUAUGUCGUUACAUCGUUGCUCGCAUGGGUCCGAUUAUAUAAUUCCAAAUGUGACCUGUCGAGUCGACUGCGACUGAUAAAUGAGAAAAACAUAAAUAUCGUGCUGAAACUUGGUCGCGUUGUUGUCGUUAAAUAUACCGCGCGCAACAAGUUUUCUCUUUUGGUUUGCGAUUUAAAAUGGAAUCUUUCGAUCCACGCUAUCGUCAACGAAACUAAAAGAGUCUCCUCGUUCAAAAUCGAUUUGUAAAGCAGAUCGGAUGGUACCCAGUGAAUCGCUUGCAUCGCAUUGUAUAAUUCGCACCGAACUCUCUACGCAUACGUGUACUUGACUCAACCCGUUCGACUCAACUCUUGCCUCUGUUAGCCGAUUUGGUUGAAAGCUUAAGAAAGGAAAAAAGAAAAAAAGAAAGAAAAGAAAAAAAGAAGAAAAAAGAAAACAUUGUUCACUGUUUUCAUGCUCUACCGUCGCUUUAAAAACGGAAGGCGGUUAAAAUUUUAAUCGAUACGAAUCCUUGUAUCUGCGCAGUUUUAUGAAUCUGAUAUAAAAGAACGAAAUUGUAUUAUAGUUUGUCAAUUUGAAGAAUUUACACGACGAAUCCGAUUAAUGGAUUUCCAACGAAACGUUUCGUAGAACGGUAAAAACUCCUAGGACAUGAAACGAGGCGCACCGCACACGGUAAGGAAGUGAGAAACGAAAGCCGAAUGGAGAACGGUAGCGGAUGAUUUUUGCGAUGAAGUUAAGUAUACAGAGUUGAUUUAAAAUAAUGUGGAGCAAAUGUAACGAGUAUAUUUUGCACAACACAAUUUUUACAAAACAAUAUCACAGUUCGGAGAUCGGCAUUCGCGUAGUAUAGAAAAGAAAUAAUCAUCUAGCGUAGUCGUAGUCGGUACAAAGUCUAGCGUAGUGUAAUCUAGUCGAUUCGAGUCUAGUAUUAUUAUACUCUAAUUAUACUAGGUAUUAGUAUAUAGUAUUAAGAAAAUACAAUUUAUUUACAGACA